AUGAGUAGCAAAACAAAAAAAUCAGAUGAAGAAGAAAAGAAGCCAAUUGUAAUAAAAAGUGCAACUGAUAUACAAAGAUUAAAACUAGAAAAGCUUAUGAGAAACCCUGACAAACCUGUUGUUAUACCAGAAGGACCAAGGGAAAAAUCGCUAGCACCGCCUCCAGACUUUGUUCGUAAUGUAAUGGGUUCUAGUGCUGGGGCAGGUUCUGGAGAAUUUCAUGUUUAUAGACAUCUUAGAAGAAAAGAAUAUGCCAGACAGAAAUUUAUACAGGAGAAGAGUGAAAAGGAAAAACUUGAUGAGGAAUAUCAAAGAAAGUUAGAAGAAAACAGAAAAAUUGCUGAAGAGAAAACUGCAAAGAAAAGGGCAAAAAGAUUAAAAAAGAAACUCAAGGCAAAGUCGAAAGAAAAGAAACCAAAAGUAGACAAUGAUCAAGAUAAUAAAGAAUCUUCACAUUCUGAGGAUAGUGAUAAGUCAGAUACAGAAAAUAGUGAAAAAACUAGUGAAAAUACUUGA